AUGAGGGGAGGGGCUAAACAGCGGAAGCCCUAUAAAAGAACCCAAACAUUCACUCCUGUAAUCUUGUCUGCAGCCAGAGCUCAGAGGAGAGAACAAGUUACCCUUCCUGAGGUGACUAUCUUUGAAGAAAGGACUAGAAGGCCUAGGAACAUGGAUGCCAAAAGCCUGAUUGAAAGCUUCAAAGUGGAUCUCACCUGUUUCAUAUGCUCAGGCUAUUUGACUGACCCAGUGAUUAUCAAAUGUGGCCACACCUUCUGCAAAGAGUGUCUUAUCAGCUUCUGGGAGGAAAGCCACCCACCAACCUGCCCGAGUUGCAAGGCAAUCAUUGCAUUUGCAGACUUUUCCUAUGAUAGAAAACUGCAGAAUCUGUCUAUAAUUGGCAAGAUGCUUAGACCAUACUUACUGCAGAGCAUCAGAGACCUGACUACCUGUGAGAAACAUGGGAAAGAAGAGACCUUGUUCUGCAAGGAAGACCACAGACCCUUGUGUGGGCCUUGCUUUUUAAGCAGAGAGCACAAGGAGCACACAGUCCUUCCCUUGGAAAAGGCUGCUGGUCAGUGCAUGGUGGAGCACAGGAAUUUGAAAGAUAUGGUUUUAUGUGAAUAUGAGAAAAUGCACCAGUUCUACCUGGAAGAAGAACAGUUACAAUUGCAAAGACUGGGCAAGGAAGCAGGACAGAACAUGGCAGCUGAGACGAGCAAGGUCAUCCAUUCCCAAGAAAACCUCAAUGUGCCAAUAAAGCCAGAGCAGCAGGCUGUGGAAAUGCUAAAGUUGGAAGGCCAGGCUAUGAAACAGUCCAUCAAGUCUGAAUUUGAGAAAAAGAACCAGUCCUUGUCAGAGGAAAAACACCUCCAUCUGCAAAGACUAGAACAACAAGUAAAAGACAACUUGACAAAGUUUGAGGAUAAUAUCUCAAAAAUCACCCAACACAUCCAUAACCUGCAAAUGUCAAUGUCUGAAAUAGAGAAAAAUUUUGAGAAGCUUCCCAUUGAAAUGCUCCUGGAUGCGAAAGGAAUAUUGGAAAGGAAUGACGAACUACUGCUUCAGAAUCCAAUGGUUGCUUCACCCAGGUGGACCAUGUACUCCAUCUCUGGCAUGGCAGAAAUGCUGCUGACUUUUCACAGGGAGAUAACUCUGGAUCCUGAAACAGCAAAUCCUCAUCUCAUAGUGUCUGAUGAUUUGAUGAGUGUUGAAUAUAUUUCUGUCCCACAGGAUGUGCCUGACAACCCAGAAAGAUUUGAUUAUGCUGUCUGUGUCUUGGCUACUCAGAGCUUCACCUCAGGGAAACACUAUUGGGAAGUAGAUGUAGGGAAUACAUCAGCGUGGGAAGUGGGCAUCAUUAAAGAAUCAAUCAGAAGGAAGGGCAAUAUCUCCAACUUUUCUAGGGAUAGAUGUACCCUUGUAGCCUGGGGAUUUGAAAAUUACUUUCUCUUCUGGUAUUCAUGUUAUAAGUUUGUUUUUGUAGAACGGCAUAUUCAAAAGGUAGGCAUUUUCCUUGAUUAUGAAAGAGGGCAUGUGGCAUUUUAUAAUGCUACGGACAGAACUCUGAUCUACAGUCCUCCAAAUGAUGCUUUUCAAGGGCCUUUUUGCCCUUUCUUCUCUCUUUGCCUUAUAAAUGGGAAAACUCCUUCUGGACCUCUAUGCAUCUGCCCCAGGAGUAAUUAG